AGUCAAACAAUAGCUUGCGGUUCUUUUUAUCAUAAUUACGUAAUUACCGACAAUUAUUUCUUAAUUAACAUAAUUAAACCAUUUGGUGUAUUUUGUGUUGCCUAUCUUGGGCGAUAUUUUGACAGUUCUUCGUUUCGUCUUCCAAUGGCGGCCUCAAGAGAGUCACCAGAUGACGACGGCUACAAACGCUUCACCGAAGACAGCCACAAUGUCUCCUAUGGCUCCAACAGUACAAAUCCCAUUGACGAAAUGGGGAGCCGCUCGAGCCUCAGCAGGGAGACCACCGAGACUGUGGACCACUGGGAGAUGAAUUAUCACGAGGCCGCCAUUUUCCUUGAGGAGGGCGAAAAUAAUGAAAAGUUUGACUCGCACCCCCGCCACCCUUCCGCCCUUCCUGCCUACCUCCUCGUGCACAACUCCUGGUACUACGGCCUCGACUUGGCCUUCUCCAUUGUCCUCCUGUUGCUAGCCCUCGCCGAGAACCCCUCCGUUGACAAAUUCCAGUUGCCUGUGGGGGUGCACACCACCCUUGAACUUGUCUCCCUGGGGGUUAUUGGGGUGGAGUUGGCUCUGAAAUUGCGCUGGAUUGGCUGGACGAUGAUCCUGAAACAUAAAAGGACAAUGGUUAAGGGAAUCACCCUGUUUAUUAUGGUGCUGGAAGCGAUUAUAGUCUUAGUGCGGCAAGAGUCCCAUUUUAGGGUCACUAGGGCUCUAAGGCCGAUUUUUCUUGUCGAUACGAGGGCUUGUGGGGCUGUGAGGAGGUUUAUUAGGCAGAUUUUGCAAUCGUUGCCUCCCAUUUUGGACAUGUUGGUGCUGUUAAUGUUUUUCGUGUGCAGUUAUGCACUUUUAGGGUAUUUUCUGUUUAGUAACCACCAAACGAACUUGUAUUUUCGCACUCUAGGGGACAGUUUUGUUAGCAUGUUUGUACUACUGACCACGGCGAAUUUUCCGGAUGUUAUGAUGCCGUCUUAUGCAAUCUCUAAAUGGAAUGCUGUUUUUUUCAUUUCGUACAUUUCUAUAGUUCUUUAUGUGCUAAUGAAUCUCAUGUUGGCUGUAGUGUAUGAAACUUUCACAGGAAUUGAAAAGGACAAGUUCCGGAAAUUGCUUUUGCACAAAAGAAAAGCUUGUCAGUUGGCGUUUAGACUCCUAGUGAGUAAACAAGCCCCAAAUAUGGUCAGAUUUAAGCAGUUUCAUGGUUUAAUGCGCUAUUACUCACCCAGAACUUCCCAACGCGAUAUUAUUUUAAUUUUUCGCCAAUUGAACACUUCUGGGACCGGCGCAUUGAGCGAAGACGAGUUUUUGGGUAUCUAUGACGCUGGGAGUCUCAAAUGGCGCUUGAAGGACCCCCCUGAUCCCUGGUUUUCGGCCGCUUGGCCCCCUUUACGUAUUUUUUGUCGGGCUGCACGUACAGUUGUCACGUGGGAGUAUUUUGAACAUAUUGUAUAUGUUUUGAUAAUCGGGAAUGGACUCGCCAUGUUUAUUCGAGUUCUUGAAUCAUCAGUCUCUUUGGAAGAAGGGGCGAAGAAUUUUUGUGCCUCGUGGGACACUUAUCUCUUUCUCUCAUUAUUUUUAAUUGAGGCCCUUUUGCGGAUUGUGGGCCUGGGAUGGGGCGAAUACAUAUCGUCGGGUUGGAAUUUUUUCGACUUGACUGUAACAUUGGUAGCCCUGAUCGGUUCUUUGCUCUUAUUGGUGCGUCCGAAAUUGACAGCUGUAGUGAUUCUACGCCCACUGAGACUGUUACGUCUUUUUAAAUUGAAAAAACGGUAUAGGGAUAUUUUCGGUACGUUGGUACUCCUGUCACCAUUAAUGUGGUCAACGGCAAUUGUCAUGAUGGUCAUGUAUUAUUUUUUCGCAAUCAUUGGAAUGGAAUUAUUCUCGCAAUAUGAUUUGCGGAAUUGUUGCAAUGGUACCACCGUUGAGGAUUUCUACAAAUACAGUACCAACAGUAGUAGCGGCAUUGGUUACUACUAUUUGAACAAUUUUUCGAAUUUGUUGAUUUCGGGAGUGACUUUAUUUGAAUUAACUGUUGUCAAUAACUGGUUUAUUGUCAUGGAUGCUUACGCCAAUGUCGCACACUCAUAUUCCCGGAUUUUUUUCAUGUUAUUUUACUUAUUUACAAUGGUUGUUCUUACUAUUGUUGUAGCUUCGGUCCUCGAAGCUUUCAGAUUUCGUAUACAGUACAAAAAACAAACUUCGAAACGAGACGAAGAACAAAUGCUUCACGAAGAAGUCGCUGUUGAUUGGAACUCCCUGCAGCGGCAAGUUCAAGAUCCCAAAAUCCUGGAAACCCUCCAGAUGGACUUCGUGCCUGGAGGUGUGUCGUUUUAUAUUGGGCGCAGGAGACGCACAAGGGACGUACUUCAACGUCACAUGUACAUAUCUGAGAUUGCGCAAUGGCUACAAGAGGCCGAAGAACAAGAAAAACUCACAGGGAUUAAUUUCGUUGAUGAGUCUGAGAUCAACACACGAUUGAUGCAGUCAGAAGCGUAGAUUUAGCAUUUCCGUGAUAUAGAGUAGGACCAAGAUUUUUUGAUUGUUUCGAGACAAUAAUUGGUCUUGAGUGCCGUUUCGUUGCUUUUUAGCGGUACUUAACGUGAUAAUAACAGUAGCUAGUCUAACACGUAUCCGUUAUUUUUACAGAUUUUUAUUAACUGAUUAAUUUAUUGUCGAAAUAUAGUAUUUAUUUAAUUCA